AUGUCGACGCCUGCGCAACGGCGACUGUUGCGGGAUCUGAAACGCCUACAGAAUGACCCACCACCAGGAAUUUGUGGAUCACCAACUGAUAACGUAAUGGUCUGGAAUGCGGUUAUCUUCGGACCAGAAGAAACUGCUUUCGAAGACGGGACUUUCAAACUAAAGCUUGAAUUCACUGAAGAAUAUCCUAACAAGGCGCCCCGUGUUGUCUUCCUUUCGAAAAUGUUCCAUCCCAAUGUAUAUGCAGAUGGAAGCAUUUGCUUGGAUAUUCUCUCCAACGCCUGGAGUCCUACAUAUGACGUUCUUGCCAUCCUGACGUCGAUUCAAUCUCUGCUUGAUGAACCUAAUCCUAAUUCCCCAGCCAACAGUGUUGCCGCUCAGUUAUACGUUGAAAAUCGGCGGGAAUACGAAAAGCGUGUGCGUGCAUGUGUGGAGGAUAGCUGGGAUGAUACGGACACCUAG